AUGGAUCCAGAUUAUUUCGACGAUAUACCUGCAGGAGCAAAUGUAGCACUGUUAAAGGAGUGGUUUGACAAGCUUGAAGAGGUAGAGACCAAGUGUAUUGAUCGUGAAAAUGGAUUUUUCAUGAAUUACCUCGCUGUACUUCCAGCGUAUCAACGUCUCGGUCUUGGGAGACAUUUACUUGAUAUCGGGCUCAGUGAAGCCGAUAAGUUGGGGGCGGGCAUCUUCUUGGUUGCCACAGAGAUGGGCGCAGGACUGUACAAGAAAGCGGAAAUUGAAGAGGUCGAAAGAUUUGGUAUCGACGUAGAACCUUGGGGCGGAGAGGGAAAGGCGGUGUUCAGGAGUAUGAAGAGAGAAGCUGUAGCGAAAUCACCAGAGACGUGA